GCACCGGAAGUUCCGGUCGCUGCGGACUGCGGCUGCCUUGACGGAUGUUGCGUCACCGCCGCCUUAAAGAAGGCAGAGUCGAGCUGAUCCGAGCGGAGCCAGGCCACAAGCCCCGGACCUGAUGGACCGCUUCAGAGCCUGAAAAAACCCGGACCAAGACCCGGACUAAAUCCUGGAUUAAAGACCUCGAUUCAACCCGGAAACUCCCGGGACGAAAACCGGAUUCCGCCCCGAGUGUCGGGACAUUUAAAGCGGAGUGAAGACGCUUCAGUAGCCGGGCCAGCUCUUCCAAAAUGGCCGACGCCGAGGUCUCCGUGUCCCCGGCUCUGCGGCCGCUCCACCUUAGCCCCUCCCACUCAGCCCCACCCCCUCCACCAGCCUCCUCCUCCUCCCCCACCACCUUCUCCUGCCCCUCUUCCCCCUCCAGCGCCUCCUCUUCCUCCUCUUCUUCAUCCUCUUCCUCUUGUUCUGAGAGCUCCUCUGACUGCCCCGCCAACCACCACCACCACCACCACCACCACCAUCACCCGCCCCAGCUGCAGCUGCCCCCACCCCCCCUCAGCGAGCAGCCGUCCUCGCCCAGCGCCAGCCCCCGCAGCUCCAGCCCCAGCGGGAGCAUCGGCAGCACCGGCAGCCUCUGCAGCAGCAGCAGCGCCAGCGAGGGCAUCGGCAGCAGCGGCACGUCGAGCGGCGGAGAUGCGCGAGGCCCCAGCCCCCCGCUGGAUGUCAUCUCAGAGGACGCCAUGGAGAUGGACCUGGGGGUCGACCAAGUGAUCGACCCGGAAGUAGCUCUGAAGGCUUGCCAGGAAGUUCUUCUCAAGGUCAAGCUGCAGAACAGGGAAGUGCCUGAACAGCAACAACUUGACAACAAUCAGCAACAGGACGAUCAACUACAACAACAACAACAACAACAACACUACACAGACUUAACAGAGUGCUCCAGUCCACAGUGGCACAUCAGCCCGGACACCAGCUCCAUCAAAGAAGAAGACGAGGAGGAGGAAGAGGAGGAGGGGAGUUCUGGAAAGGAUGGAGAAAAACAACAAGGUACUUCCCAGCAAGAUCCACUUCCUUCAGCCCGGCCUGGGUCGUCUUUACUGCCGUCGGCAUCAUCAUCGUCCUCAUCUAAACAGUCGUGGCUGCUGCGCCUGUUCGAGUCCAAGCUUUUUGACGUUUCCAUGGCGAUCUCCUACCUGUACAAGUCGAAGGAGCCAGGGGUGCAGGCGUACAUCGGCAACCGCCUCUUCAGUUUCCCCGACAGCGAGGUGGACUUCUACCUGCCGCAGCUGCUCAACAUGUACGUGCACAUGGACACCGAGGUGGGAGACGCCAUCAGACCGUACCUGAUCCACCGUUGCAGAGGUAGUAUAACCUUCUCCCUGCUGACAGCUUGGCUGUUGGGUGCUUACUCCUCGGACAUGCACAUCUCCACCCAGCGUCACUCCAGAGGCACCAAACUCCGAAAACUCAUCCUGUCGGACGAACUCAAACCUUCUGCACCUUCAUCUGAAGCUCCCAGAGCAGUUUCAGCUUCUGUUUCUGAGAGCCCGGUGUCCUCGCCAUCCCACCGCCGCUGUCACCGGAGGCACAACAGCAGCAACAUGGAAUCCGGCCCCUCCCCGGACAGCCCCGUACUGGGGGAGGCGGAGGUGUUUGCCUCUCCGUCCAGGAGGACACACCAGAGAUCCAAGUCAGACGCCACACUGGCAAGCAGCGGACCCGGCUCCGGCCUCCGACGCACAGGGAGUAACCCGAAAGUGGAAGCUGUCCACGAGGAGCCGGAGCGUCUCCGUCCUCAGAGGGAGUUCGUGAAGUCUCUGCUCUGCAUCGGGAAGCGUCUGGCCACGCUGCCCACCAAAGAGCAGAAGACCCAGCGGCUGAUCUCAGAGCUGCUGCUGCUCAACCACAAGCUGCCGGCCCGAGUCUGGCUGCCCACCGCCGAGCACCAGCACCACGUCUGCAGGAUCCCUCACACGCAGGCCGUGGUGCUCAACUCCAAGGACAAGGCUCCGUACAUCAUCUACGUGGAGGUGUUGGAGUGCGAGAGCUUCGAGACGUCUCCUCUUCCCGUUCGGAUCCCGGAGACGAGGAUCCGAUCCGCUCGCUCUGCGGAGAACCUGGACUGUGGCGGCGUCACCGCGGCUAACGCUAACAGCGGGAUGACAUCAGAGCACAGAGCAGGAAGUUUCUCCACCGUCCCAAACUACGACAACGACGACGAGGCGUGGGCCACCGACGACAUCGGACAGCUGCAGGUGGAGGUGGAGGCUCAGACCAGCAGCAGCGAUAACAUCAGUCAGUUUUCAGUCGACAGCAUCACGAGUCUGGAGAGCAAAGAGCCGGUUUUCAUCGCUGCCGGCGACAUCAGACGCCGUCUGUCGGAGAACCUCGCUCACACUCCGACCACGUUCAGGAGAGACCCCGAGGACCCGUCAGCUGUCGCCCUCAAAGAACCCUGGGAGGAGAAAGUCAGGCGGAUCAGAGAAGCCUCUCCGUACGGUCACCUGCUGAACUGGAGGCUGCUGUCCGUUAUUGUGAAGUGUGGAGACGACCUGAGACAGGAGCUGCUGGCCUAUCAGGUCCUCCGACAGCUGCAGUCGAUCUGGCAGCAGGAGCGAGUUCCUCUGUGGAUCAAACCUUACAAGAUCCUGGUGAUGUCAUCAGACAGCGGCAUGAUCGAACCCGUCCUCAACGCCGUCUCUCUGCACCAGGUGCGUAAACAGAGUCAGCUGUCGCUGCUCGACUACUUCCUGCAGGAACACGGCAGCUUCACCACCGAAGCUUUCCUCACCGCUCAGAGGAACUUCGUCCAGAGCUGCGCCGGAUACAGCCUCAUCUGUUACCUGCUGCAGGUGAAAGACAGACACAACGGGAACAUCCUGCUGGAUUCUGAAGGUCACAUCAUUCACAUCGACUUCGGCUUCAUCCUCUCCAGCUCUCCCCGCAACCUCGGCUUCGAGACGUCGGCCUUCAAACUCACGUCAGAGUUCGUUGAUGUGAUGGGCGGUCUGAACGGCGACAUGUUUAUCUACUACAAGAUGCUGAUGCUCCAGGGUCUGAUCGCUGCCAGGAAACACAUGGAGAAGGUGCUGCAGAUCGUGGAGAUCAUGCAACAAGGUUCCCACCUGCCCUGCUUCCACGGCUCCAGCACCAUCCGCGGCCUGAAGGAGCGUUUCCACAUGUCUCUGACGGAGGAGCAGCUGCAGCUGCUGGUGGAGCAGCUGGUGGACGGAUCCAUGCGCUCCAUCACCACCAAACUCUACGACUCCUUCCAGUACGUCACCAACGGCAUCAUGUGACCGCAGACGCCGACGUUUUUCCCAGCUGCUUUUGUUCGACUCCGUCCGGCCUUUGCGAGCUUGAGUCUGAGAAUUGAAAUGUUUGUUUUCUGAUUUUUAAACGUGGCGCUGAAGUUUCUAACAGAUUUGUUUUGAAUCUGAGGAUCAGCUGAUCAGAUUUUAGGCGAUCUCAUUUGUUUCGCUGCAUUCACGAGCAGCUGGGAAAGUACAGCGUCUGGGACUUUUCCAGGUCGGUGUUUACAUCCUGAGAAGAAUUGAACCUGGAAGAGAAACGCUAAACAGGCUGGAAGCAUCAGAAUUCAGACUCCAGGUUAAUCCUGUUGCUGCCUGAGACACAUUUAAUUAAAAAACUUCUACUGGAUUUUACUCUGAGCUGUUGACUCGAGUGUUCGGAUAACAGAGAAACAGGAGAGGAAACAUUGAACGCUACAUGAAAGCUGAGUGUUUGGAUCAGUUUUGAAGGACAGAAAUUAUAAUUUGAUCACAGAUUAAAUGAAUUUAUUGAGUUGCAGUUCCGGCUGCUGAUCAGACACAAACAUUUGAAGCGGUCACUUCAGUUUCUGGGAACUUGUGACGUUUGAUUAAUGAUUUGGCCUAAUAAAAUGUCAAUAGGCCAUUAAACUUCUCUCUUAAAACUCCAGUGAAUGUGAUGGAAGUUUGACAGCAGCUCGUUCCAGCUGAUCCUCUCCUGCUUCUUAUCACGAAUAUUUUAGUAAAAUCCAAAAUACAAAAACACCAGCAGGACGUCCGCGGCUUCUCGUAAUGAAGGAAGAAACUCUGCGACAGUCGGUUCUGUCGUCUGUAUGUUUGGUUGUUCUUAAAGAACAGAACAGUGAGAAAAACACUAUGUGGAGGAAGCACAACAUGUUUUCUUUGCUCUCUGGAUCAUCAGAGAAAAGAGACUGAAGUAACAUCGCUCUUUAGUUUGAAAUGGUGUCUGAGACCAGUUUAAUCUUCCAGCAGAAUUCCCUGAUGUGUUGAGUUUUAAUUGUUUGUUUUCACCAGACAUUUAUCACAGCUGUAUCUAAAAAAAAAAAAAAAGUUAAAUAUUUAGAAAAUAUUGGAUGGAUUGCCAUGAAUUUUGUGAUGAAUUCGUGACUUUUCGUGUAGCGCCAUCAUGAGGUCAAAAUGUCCACUUGUUCAGUACAAGUUCAUGACAAGAAACCAAUGACUGAAUCCCUGUUAGCCUCAGCUUUAUUAAUGCAAACAUGGAAUGCUAAGUAUUAGCAUGUUAACUUGCUAACUGUGAGCAUGCAUGCUAACGUUGAACCCAUCUCUCCAGGCUGCUCUUGUACAAACAUGAACAUAAAUUUAACUUUUUUUUUCUUUGUAGAUCAGCUCACUAGCUUGUUCGAUGCGCAGGUGUUGAGAUUUGAAAAGUCUUUUCGCACAACUAUAAUUCCAGCCAACAAGUUAAAGAUCAUUUUAUAAACAUCGGCAUGACAACGUCCAAUAGAGUGUUAACACGCUAACGUUAGCAUGCUGUCAUCGUUGUUUUUAGUACAUAGAUGUUUUGUUUUUUUGAUUGAAAAUUGAAAUUUAAUGGUCCUAUAAAUCUGUUUUUAAUAAGAUUUAUUGUGCAGUGCUAAUUGCUGCCUUCCUAAAUGUUCAGAUAUUUUAACAGCUUUAAGACUUUUUAAAAAAAUCAGGAUGUUAUCAUGACUUAUUAAUGAUUUUCACAAACGUGACGAGUGUCUGGUUAAAAAACAAAAAAACAAUUAAAAUUCAACGUUUCAACUCAUCACUUUAUUUAAUCUGCAUGUUUGUCACUGAAUAAUUUUAAUUUCCAAUGUUUUAUUGUAGUUUCAGUUUAAGAAGGGUUCGUGGUGAAUUUCAGAAGAAAUUGUGUGUGAUUUGUUUGAGUUUCUGUCAACACACUCAGUACACAACAUGUUAAAGAUGCUAAUGAUUACAAAACUCUACAGUGUUGAAUUUAAAAGGAACAUUUUACAUGGAUGCAGAGUAACAGAGCCGACAGGUUCAGAUUAACGGUUUUCUUUCCCCGACACGCCACCUUACUUGAAUGGUUUCCUGUCCUUUUUUGAGCCGAAAUGGCCACCGUGCGGUGAAACGGUUCGUUUGCAACAUUUCUACGCAAGAACCUCAUUAUCAAUGUUUCACUAACUGUACAUCUGUGUAUAACUCUGAAUUGUGUUAAAGUUAUGUGUCUGUUAACGAUGUAUUUUGCAUAUUUAAACGAACGCUCGACACUCUUUCCUCCCCGAUUGGCUGAAUGAGAUACAUUCCUGGGAUUAACUCUGUGGCCAAUCAGGAGAGGCGGCUCUGCGGAUUGGCAAAAUGAGAGCGAGAGACUUCAUUUCUGUGUUUGACAGAAAAAAAUAAUAAUUCUUGGAGGAGAUCAGUGAUGAUCAGUUUCCAGAAUAUGUGAAUGUUAUAAUAACAGUCCACUAAAACAAAAGUUUUUCUCAGACAGAAGUGUUCUCAGUAUUGACGAACUCACUUAUAAUGUUGUAACUAAUGCUGGUAAUACUUUCAGUGGCUUUAUUCCAGUGUAUCAACAUAUUGUUUGUACAUAAAAAAUACUGCGUUUUUGUGAGUGAGAUUAGUUAAAAAUACUCAGCUAGUCUUCUAAGAUCUCAAAUCCUCUAAAACUAACGAAUCUAGCAGACAGCAACGAUAGCUAGUGCUACCAGAACUGUUAGCUAAUUAGCCAGAAAACAGUUUGUUUAGGUCCUCGACUAUAAAUACAACUGCAGUUACAAACGUGAGGUAAAAAAUAAAUAAAUCAGAGGCUAGUUAACGCUCUUGUACCCUACAGUUGUAUUUUAUAGUAGAGGAAUGACCAAAAAUGAAUGAAAGCUAGCAAGCUAACAAUUAACUAAAUAGCUAGCUGUACGAAAAUAAAAUAUAAAACACUAGAGGUAAAACUGAAGUUAUGGUUAACGGACAACAGAACAUUACAUUAGACUGUGACGAAAAAACGCAUCAUACCAGGCUAGCAAGCAUUUUUAGCUGAGCCAUUGUCAUGCUAAUGGAUGAACAGCAGUUGUGGAAUUUUGAUCAAAACAAAAUUGCCUUUUCUGUUUGAAAUAGCUCUUUUUCCUGAAAUUUCAUGUUUUAUUUCAUAAAAGUGUAUUUAUUUUUUUGAUAAUGUUAGUGGAGUCAGUCUAUUUCAAGCCAGGUGGCCUGUCUUCACUGUAAAACACUGUGAGACACCUUUUAGUUAAUGCUAACUACUAGCUAACUAGCUACCUCACUGUUGUACAAGAGCAGUGAUAAAAUAAUAUAUUUUAUCAUCUAUUUGUCAUCAAGCACAGACUGUAUUCACUGCUACAAAUACUUUUUUUUAAUCAAUAUUCCCAGACUGCUGUUACUUGUUAGCCAUCAGCUUGACAAUGACUCAGCUAAAAUCACAGCUAGCUUGUUUAAUUUUUCCCUUCAUCCUCCGCAAUCUAAUGUUUAUUUUUGUCUGUCGAGCAUAAUUUUAGUUUUAAUCAAAGUUUUUAAUAUACAAUGGAUUGUGUGAAGUAAUGUUAGAAAUCAGUGUGACGUUAACUGCAACAAUCAUUUAGCAGAAGCGCUAACGCUAACUAACAAGCACAAGAGUGGAGUACAAGAGUAGUGACAAGCUAGCUAGCUAGCUAGUUUUUUGACAAACAUGCGCACACUGUAACAAGCUAGUUAGCAACUAAAAGAUAUUGUAAUAAUUUCUUUCCUGCCAUAAUUUGAGUUUAACUUUUUGCUUAUUUUACUUUCUAUUCUUGUACAUUAAUGCAUCACAUAACCAGCUGUUUUCUGUUUGCCGCCUGGUUAUAAACAAACCUUAAAAGAUACUAUAAAAGCUUCUCACUGGAAUAAAGCCAAUUUUUGGUGUUACUGUCAUAUGAUUAACAUCUGUACAGUUGUUCUGAGGGUUUUUUGUGUUUUGACCACUAUUGAAGGAGAAGCACAGACCUGUUAUUGUAAAAGCAGUCUCAUGUUACCGUCUGCUAACCGUUAGCCCGCUACUUUAUACGCCACCGCGCUUGACAAAAGAUGCAGCUGUGACUAAAGUUUACCAGAUAAGCAACUUAAAUAGCAAAUACUCUCAUUUGUGAAUAUGUAUGUAUGUAAAUGAACUGAUGUUAGUUUUCCUGUGAGAAAAAUAGAUGCCUUGAGACGUACAGAAGGUACAAACUCUUUUCAAUGCAACAGGAGGGACGAAGAGUCUCGGACCUGAGAAGUGCUUUUAUAUCAGACGUUUGACCGCUUCAGGGACGAGUUUCAACACUUAAACGUCUUCCUCUCCUACGUCAGUCCGGACGGGAAAAAUAUGUCUUUAUAUUUACAAGUUAUUCUAGUCACAUUUUGAUAAUAGAACAUUUACGAUAGUUAAAUUGACUAGAGCUUUUUAAAUUUUAAAGCGAAGUUAAAGAGUAAGUUUAAAGUGUCAGAAGUAGCCCUUGAUAUUGUCCAUUUCCUUGUUGUUUCCCCACUGUUAACCAUUAAAUAAAGGCAAAAAAAAUAAAUAAACUUGAACUAACAGCUGCUAAAUCGUGACGUCUGGAGAGGAAAACGCUGAACUCUGUUGAAACUCGUCCCUGCUACUAAAAACCUUUCAUUGCCUUCUUUCUUCCAUCAAUUCAACGUGAAAAACUCUUAAAGUGCAUUUAUCCUGAAUGAAAAAGUUUUCUGUCAUUUGUAAACGAUUCCUUGAUGUUUUUAAUUUUAGUUGGAACUAAACAUGUAACACUAAAUCCAUUAAAGCAGCAUGGGGGCUCCUCCAUCUGUAGUUUGAUUUUA